AUUUCUCAGCCCGGGGCCGUUGGGAGUUUCGUCCUUCGGCGGGAUUGACACGUCACGUGGCAGCCGCUGGACCCGCCCUCGCUUCUUUCCGGUGCCCUUGUCUUUACCGUUGGCGAAGGUGGAGGAGAAAAAAAAAGGGAAGGCGACAAAAUGCUGCGAAACGUUCUGACUCUUGGGCAAAUUUCCCGAAAAGCCAUAAGUGCUGCUCCUAGAAGACAAAUUGCUAAUAAGGUGAAAGAGAAGCAGCAAGCUUUCCAGAAAGAUGAUGACCUUCCAGUGCAUUUAAAAGGUGGACUUUCAGAUGUGCUGUUGUAUCGAUUCACCUUGCUCCUUUGCGUGUUUGGAGUAGGCUCUAUGAUCAGAGAUUUCUCCAGGUUCUCAAAAAGCUAAUUCCAGGAUACAUCUUGAAGUAGCAUAUCUCUUUCCCAUCCCAUUGUACUCUUCAAGGACCUAUUUUGUCCUUGUCUUACAAAAUUGUGUGUUUGGGAUGUAUAUUUAUUGAGAUAAGAUGUUAUACACUGCAAUCAAUAAAAUAAUUUUAGAUUGCU